AUGUCGGAGGCACCAACCUUGAGCACGCCCCCCAACAUCCCUUGCCAAAGCACUAACACGAGCCCUGGUAAUGAAAAUGGAAUCCCAGAGGACAAAGUUCGCAAUUUUGUUUCACAGCUCCUGGAUUCGCUCAUCGAUGAGCUAAUGGGAGUUGACGGAUGCCCAUCAAUCACUCUAAAACGACGCUCGAAUCAUUCCCACUUCUCGCUGAAUCCGGAAACAGGAGCUUUGCAACGUGACACUACCGAACCUUCAUGCACUUAUUCAUGGCCAGGUAAAACUGCACAGGAGGCCUGGCGCUUUGGUGCGUUUCUCCCGACCCGAUGCUGUGCUCUGUUCACAUAUUUUCACGAGUUUAAUAUUUCAUUCCUUUCGUAUCACCCAGCGGUUCUCUUGCGGAUCCUUGGCCAUAUAUCAGAGGCCAUCCGAGGCGACUUCAUUAGCUCGAAGCGGGAUAUCUAUUAUCUUGACCCGGUAUGCUUUGGGUCCCAGAGUGUGGUGGAUCGAUGCAUCGACGACAUUGCUUGUACGAUUGGUGUCGACAGGACAGCAUUACACGUGGCAGCAGCAGCAAAAGGGGUUGUGGUUGGAACCUUCAAUGUCACACUAAAUGACGAUUCCAUGAUCGAUUUGGCCGUUCAUGCUGAGGGGAAGGGGUAUCCAGACAUCAGCACCCGUGCGUUUCUCCAUUUAUUAUCCCGAGUCCCACCAUCAGCAUCAGGAGCACUGCCAUUCCGUCAACCUCCUAUAUUCAUGCUUGUGGAUGGUGACCCAGACGGCAUGGCUAUCAUGUCAACCUAUAAAUACGGCUCAAGAGCGCAAGCACAUGAUAACACCAAUCUUGCAGUCCAUAAUGUGCAGUGGCUCGGUCUGCAGGCGUCAGAACUAGUUCCUUCAAGCCUUGAAAUACAGGGCGAUGAUGCUCUAAUACCGCUGACCUCGAGGGAUAGGAAGAAGGCCCAGGACAUGUUAGGGCGGAGCCCGGUUUUCGCAGAGGAUGGGCCGGAACCGACCUGGAGGCGGGAGCUGCAGCAUAUGCUUAUGACCAAUGUGAAGGCGGAGAUUGAGAUGUUGUACGAACGGGAAGGGGGCAUUGAGACAUGGCUAGACCAUAAGCUGCAGACAUUGAUCUGA